CCUCUGGAUAGAAGACCAAACCUAUAUAAAAGCUUUUUUUCUGUCCGACUAUAAGUUAAGCUAAAAUAAUAAAUAAAUUAGAUUUCCCGCGUUUAAAAUACUUUAUGACUGCACCAUUCCAUUAUAUUUACGUUCUAUAACUAGAAACGUUUCUCGAACCAGUCUCCACUUCCAUUUUAAAUUUGUUCAUACAAAAUGGCUGCAUCACUCCUUAUUGCCUGUGGCCUCAACGAGAACAAACUCCCACCCUACAUUCACAUAAGCGAAGAGUCAAACAUGGACGGAGGAUUCCUCAUCACCUCGAUUCUCGGUCAACGUCUGCGAGCUCCCCAAGUAACCACAAUGCUAGUCGGUCUGCAGCAUGGCUAUCAGCACUAUCUGAAUGCAGGCAUGCGACUUGGCUACAACUUAACCUUAUUCAUGAACAAAAAGUUCUUUAUUAUCGACGCCCUGAAAUCCAUCCAAGUUAAACAAUGGAAAUCCAUGUGGCUGACCGAAGGCGACUCAAUGUCAAACAAAUUGCUGGAAUUCCUACGCGAGAAACUGACUGCAGCACAGGAUUCUGGCACUUCGCUCACAUUCAUCAUUGAUAAUCUAUCGAUACUUCUAAAUUUUGGUUUCACCCCCGAGGGCCUGCUGCGGCUGUGUCAAGACUUACACGCCAUGACCGAGGAGCAUCCUGGUCUAACGAUUGUCACAAAAUUGAGCACGAGUGAUGUGCAGCCCGUGUUGGACAAUAAUAUUGCCAAACUGGCCGAUGUCCAUUUGCGAGUGAAACAGCUCAAGAGUGGUGCAUUCCGAGAGGUCGACGGGAGGCUGUCAGUGGUCCGGGAGACAACCGAUGGGUGCUAUGAGCUGAUGGAACAGCAGAAGGAAAUUUUGUACAAAGUCAACGAAAGAAAUGUCAAGAUUUUUAGUCCUGGCGAAGUUGGUGUGAAGGUUUAAAACUAACGAAGAUACGAUUUCAUAAUAAUAAAUUUUUAUUUUUGCCAUAUA